CUCUAAUGUUUGCCUACUGUUUUGGAUAAACUUUCAUUAGGAAACGCCUAAUCGUAAAGGUUAGUUUUUCAACAAUCCUACCGUGGGAAUUUUGGGCAGUAGCUAUUAUAGGAUUUCCAAGAUUUAUCAAGCGUUCUGCAAUCUGACCAAUCAGAAUCGCCGAAACAGAUGUUCCCAGCAUACGUGCAUCUGAUUGGUGGACAACACCGAGGAAGCGUUCGCCUGACAACCAGCGCUCGGGAGGUAACGGCACCGAGACGGCGAAACAACAAGAGAGAUAAACCAUCGCCCUUAUUAACCCCUCAGAUUAAAUACUCAAGUGGAUUAUUGUGUGACAGCCGUAAGAAACAAAAGAUACCGUCUGCAGUUUGCGUAUAUGUAGACUUUAUCAGAAAUCUGCCACCAUGACAGCUGAGGAGACCAUUAACAUAAAGGAGGUCGAGAUCAUUAAGGUGAUUCUGGACUUCUUGAACUCACGGAAGCUGCACAUCAGCAUGCUGGCCCUGGAGAAGGAGAGUGGAGUAAUCAAUGGCCUCUACUCAGAUGAUAUGCUCUUCCUCAGGCAGCUUAUUCUAGAUGGACAGUGGGAUGAGGUGCUGCAGUUUAUUCAGCCUCUGGAGUGUAUGGAGAAGUUUGACAGGAAAAGCAGAUUUCGCUACAUUGUACUUAAACAGAAGUUUCUGGAAGCGCUCUGUGUAAAUAAUGCCAUGUCAGCUGAGGAUGAGCCACAGCAUCUGGAACUCACCAUGCAGGAAGCUGUAAAAUGCCUUCAUGCUUUGGAAGAGUUCUGUCCCUCCAAAGAGGACUACAGCAAACUCUGCCUUCUGCUCACCCUCCCUCGUCUUACAAACCAUGCUGAAUUUAGGGAUUGGAACCCAAGCACAGCACGUGUACGCUGCUUUGAGGAGGCAUGUACCAUGGUGGCUGAGUUCAUUCCCGCUGACCGCAAGUUGAGUGAGGCAGGUUUCCGGGCUGGUGCAGAUCGCCUGUUUCAGCUGCUGGUCAAGGGUGUGCUGUAUGAGUGUUGUGUUGAGUUCUGCCAGAGCAAGGCCACAGGCGAGGAGAUCAGUGAGGCUGAGGUGCUGCUAGGCAUUGAUGUGCUCUGUGGCAAUGGCUGUGAUGAGCCUGACUUGAGUCUUCUGUCAUGGCUUCGGAACCUGGCACCAAACGUCUUCUCUUGUGCCUUUGAGCAAAAAGUGCUCAAUGUGCAUGUGGACCGGGUGGUUAAACCAGUAAGAGCAGCCCAUGCUGACCUGCUCACACCACUUGUCAGCAAACUCUCACCAUGCCCUGCCUCUCCUUUGCGCCGCCCACAGUCAGCUGACACCUACAUGUCACGCUCACUCAACCCAGUACUGGAUGGUCUUGCCUAUGGCCUGUCUGGCCUUGAGAGGAGAGGAGGGACCCGAGCCAGUGAGGUGGGGAAAGCAUCACCCAUGUCACAUUCAUUCGCCAACUUCCAAUACCCUGGGGGGCAGAACCUGAGCCGGAGUCUGAUGAUGGAGGAGUCACAAUGCCAAAGCAUCUUUGAGGAGUCACCUGAGAGCUCCAGAACUGAAACUCCCUCAGAUAAAAUGAUGAGCUUAAGUGGUUCCCAGAACUCUCGCCCAGUCUCUGCGCCAGGUCAGGAUGCCCUAGCACCCACCUCUACAGAGAAGAAUGAGUUGCGUGAGUCAAUGGAGCAGUAUCAGGAGUACUAUAGACAGCGCUUACGUGUACAGCAGCACCUGGAACAGAAGCAGCAACAGAGGCAGCUGUACCAACAGAUGCUGCUGGAGGGUGGAGUCCAGCAGCAGGAGACUUCACCCACUGCCAAGCACAACCUCACUGAAACAUUCCUUAACAGAUCUAUUCAAAAGCUGGAGGAGCUGAAUGUUGGAAUGGAUGAUCUAGGUGAGGAGGUGCAGGCACUCUCUCUGCAGUGUAAUGGUGGAGGUGAGGCAGGAACAACUUCAGGGGGUGCCACAGACACAACACUUCACGAAGAGGAGGCAGGAUUUAGCAACAGCACCCCUCAAAGAAAAAAUGGGCAAGCAGCUGUUCCACCUCCCACUGAGUCCCCCGUGCUACCAAGCAGUGUUCAGAGGGAGAGAGGAGGACAGAGUGAUUCCAGCUUGACACGUACUAAAGCAACAGAGGGAGAUAAGUCGAAGACAAAGUUUGUAGCAGUGAAUACUUUGGAAGACACACAAGCUGUGCGGGCUGUGGCCUUUCACCCAUCAGGGAUGUUCUACGCUGUGGGCUCCAACUCCAAAACACUGCGGGUCUGCGCAUUUCCAGACACAUUUGACACCAGUAGUGCAUGUAAACCCCCAGUGGUGCGCUUUAAGAGAAAUAAACAUCAUAAAGGUUCUAUUUACUGUGUGGCAUGGAGCCCCUGUGGGCAACUUCUGGCCACUGGCUCCAACGACAAGUACGUCAAAGUGCUGCCAUUCAACACUGAAUCCUGCAAUGCCACCGGUCCUGAUCUAGAGUUCAGUAUGCAUGAUGGUACUAUUCGAGACCUGGCCUUCAUGGAAGGGCCUGAGAGUGGAGGAUCCAUUUUAAUCAGUGCUGGAGCAGGAGACUGUAACAUCUAUACUACUGACUGCCAGAGAGGACAGGGGCUCCAUGCUCUCAGUGGACACACAGGCCAUAUAUUGUCACUGUACACAUGGGGAGGCUGGAUGAUUGCAUCUGGUUCACAGGAUAAGACUGUGCGUUUCUGGGACCUACGCAUUCCCAGCUGUGUGAGAGUUGUUGGAACAGCUUUCCAUGGGUCAGGUAGCCCAGUAGCCUCAGUGGCAGUGGAUCCCAGUGGGCGUCUGCUAGCCACAGGUCAGGAAGACAGUGCCUGUAUGCUGUAUGACAUCAGAGGUGGUAGGAUGGUGCAGACAUAUCGACCUCACUUGAGUGAUGUGCGUUCAGUACGUUUCUCUCCUGGAGCGCACUACCUGCUUACUGGCUCCUAUGACACAAAGGUUAUGACCACAGAUCUACAAGGAGACCUGACGAAACAGUUGCCAUUGACCGUAGUAGGAGAGCACAGUGAUAAAGUAAUCCAAUGCAGAUGGCACCCGCAGCACCUCUCCUUCCUCUCCUCAUCGGCUGAUCGCACGGUCACCCUCUGGACACACAACACAUAGACCCAUACCACACAUCUUACUCUACUGACAAAACUCUCCAGUUGGGUGAAACUGUAAAUAGUGUGUGUGUGUGUGUGUGUGUGUGUGUCUCUAUGUGUGUGUGUGUUUAUUACUUUUCUCUUUGCUCUGUGACAGCCUCUCUUUCUCGCCUCUUCUUUCUUGAUGUUACGUGAAUAGUAGCAGUUACAUUGUUUUCACACAAACUACAUGUUUCAGCAGAAUAACAGAUUAACUGUUUUAUUAAUUAAGAAAAGAACAAAACAAGUAAAUAGAUCAAAGUAGGACAGAGUACAGAGCAUUCCCAAAGUAAAUUUGUGAAACAACAUGAAAGUAGUGUAAAAUACAUGAUUUUUAAAACACUAAAAGAUCUCUAUGUUGUAAGAUGCAUACAUAAGAUGUGUUAUGAUGUCAUAUAGGCAAUGAAAAAAAGGCAGCAAAUCUUAUUGUCACUAACACAGAUGGAGGUGGACAUACUGCAUCUUAUCAGAUUUCUUAGAAUUCCACAAGUGUAUUCCAUUUUUGCCUGUAUGCACACAUGUACACCGCACAGAUGGAGAACAAACUUGUGAAUGGAACUCUGAGACUUAUGUCCAAAUGACAUCCCAUUCAUGUCUUCAUCCACAGUUCUCACUUUUGUUUAUUAUAUUUAUCUGUGCAAAAGGCACAGACAAGUUCACCAAGAUGCAGUAUGUUUGUCUUCAUUUUUGUGUGUGUGAUUAUAAGAUCGCACUGAUUCUCAUAAAAUCUGUAAUGCUGAGGAGUAGUAGGAUUAUUUCAUGAAUGACGUGAGGAAGUGUUUGUAAUAGCCCAUGGUCAAUUUAUAAAUGCAGGCUUUUAUAAGCAGUAAAUGCACAUCAUGAAGGAAGAUCGCAUUAUUGGCCAGAUCUAACCCUUGGAACAAAAACAGCUUGUCUACAUCCAAAACUGUGAGACAAUGUUUAUUUUUAUUAUUUGUAAUGUUUCCUCUUUGAAUAUUUAUUGCCCUGCUCUAAGACCAAAACUCCCAACUGUAACUGUCAGACCCAGUUAAGACAUUUGUUAAAAAUGCAAGUGAAACAUACAAUUAAUACAUUCUGAAGUGUUCAAACAUGCCACAGGUACCCUUAUUCUGUCUGAACUGUGUGAAUAGAUGUUCCUGUGUGCUAUGUGUGGUGAUAUUUCGUAUGGUGCCUUGGUUCAUUGGUCAUUUAUAAAGCUUUAUGAUACAGUCAGCCGUUCCAGACAACAAGGUAGUGAAUAAUCGUUAGGAUUUGGGUCAGUUCAGUUCAGUUCAGCAUGUCCAAAUUCACCUCUUCAUUCCAUUUUGGUCUCUUUUAAUGAUUCUUUGUGAAGUCUGGAAAGCUCUGCAUGAACAAAGCUAAAUCAGUCAUAUAAUAUAAUUUAAUAUAUUCAUUCCUUCAUCUCCAAUCACCACUUGAUCAUGAUCAGGGUGGUAGUGGAGCCCAGCCAGAAACACAAUGGAACAUGAGGAGCAUGAGCUUUAGUGGGACAAUAGUCCAUCACAUGACACCAUGUACACCCACAUUCACACCUGGGGCAAUUUUGCAAAGCUAAUCUACCUACUAGCAUGUAUUUGGAAGAUGGUAAAGAGAACAUCCACACAGACUGUAGUUAGAGCACAGAAUGGAACCCAGAAGGGGCCCAGAAGCUUUUAGGAAACAAUGUUGCCUGCUGCACCACUGUGCUGCCCUAAAUAAUCAUGUUUAUUAUUAUUAUUGUUAUUAUUAAUAAUAAUAAUAAUAAUAAUAGUAAUAGUGGACUGACAAUUUUCCUCUAGGUGUGAAUGAGUUGAAUAACUCUUGAUCCAUCUCACCCCUCAUAAUAAUAAUGCUGUGAUGGUAUUAUGGUGCAGCAUGUGUAUGUCUCACAUCUCCAUGUCUGUGUCCUGCAUCAUGUUUCCUAUCUCCUACAAAGUGUUACUUGGAUGGGCUUGUUAAGGGUAACUGGCAGUGAACAGAUUGAAUUGACACUUAAUGUUUUGCUGCUGUGUAUAUUAAAUAGAAAACAGCAUUCAGAAAAAAUAGAAAAUGUAUAUUUUGUGAUUUGACAGUGUUAAAAACAAUUCAGUCUAUGUGCAAGUAGACUUUUAUGCACUAUGCUACUGUUACUGAAUUACUUUCUGUAUGAAUGUAAAUCCUGUGUGUUUUUUCCUAUUGAUUGAAAUGCAGUGCUUUUGCCUGAAAGAUAAGAUCUGUGUGCAUCUUUUGCAAAUGCUUAUAAAAUCAGUUUUUCACCCUGUUCAAAUGUUAGGAUGAUGAAUUUAUGCCAUUUUUAAUUUAUCCUAAAACGUUGAUGCCAUCCUGAUUGUUUUUUUUUUCAGAACUGCACUAAUUUUUUGUAUUUAUUUUAACAUUUUUUGUUAAUGAACCUUGAUCCUACUUGUCAUUGGGACAUAACUGAUGUGACAUAAUAGUACCAUAUUAUGCAAGUACUUUUUUUUCAACUUGAGAACUAAUUUCAUUCAUAUUUUCUGGAAAAACAAAUGUCUGCUGCUGUAGAGUGAAAAUAAAGGCUUCUUUGUCACUUUCA